AUGCCUCCCAAAGCAUCAGGAAAGGCUGCCAAGCAGGCUGGCAAGGCUCAGAAUGCCAUAGCCAAAGGGGACAAGAAAAAGAAGUGGAGGAGGAAGGAAAACUACUCCAUCUACAUCUACAAGGCUAUAUCAAUCAUGAACUCUUUCGUGAACGACAUUUUCGAGCGCAUCGCUGCCGAGGCAUCCCGCCUGGCACACUACAACAAGCGCUCCACCAUCAGCAGCCAGGAGAUCCAGACUGCCGUCCGUCUCCUUCUGCCCGGCGAAGUGGCAAAGCACGCCGUCUCUGAGGGCACCAAGGCUGUCACCAAGUACACCUCCUCCAAGUAA